AAGUAGUUGUUUAUACGCGCAAUUUACUGUAAGACCAUCCGGAUAUUGGUACUAGGCUAAUAUAAGUGUCAGUUCCGGGGAUGUCGUUUACAUAAUUGAAUUUGCUUGCUUCAGUAGGAAUACUAUACCUCUGUUUUAACGACUUUUUAAACACAUGGAAUUAAAAUGAUAAAGACAAUCCGCAAGGCAUGGAAUCCAAUAAAACUGCCUCUUUUCGGAUAAAUGACGAAUAACCGUCGGUGGAUAAUUAGGUAAUAUUGCAUAAAACUUCUGGGAAGAAACAUCGAUGGGAUUUCUGUAUGUUUUGCGGAGUCUAUCGAUUGUGUUUAUUCCUAUUUGGACAAGGUUUCUGUACCAAAUCUCCUUCGAUUAUACCCAUGGCAAUAACAUAACGAUGGAAAUCUGAGACGGGAUGCUAAGUGAGGUGUGUGUUAACCGUGAUUAAUGUAUUGUUUGCCUUAAUUACAAAAGUUCUUGACAAGCUAUGGAUCAAAGCGGGAAUCAGACGAGACCAGAAAGACGAGAGGUCCGGUCCAUUUGUGUUCCCGUGCCGACCAUUAUUCUUAAUACGUCAGAGGAGAAAAAUGCGCAGACAGUUUUGACACAUUCUAGGUCUGCUGGGGAUUUAGAUGUUGUCCUUAACGACGCCAACAACUUCGAAGCAUAUGUUAACAAAGAUGGGAAGAUCAAGUUAUCAGGUUCUGUGUCAGAUGGUAUACAAGAUCCGGAGCAGAGAAACGCCAUUGGUUUGUACUGCUCACCUCGACUGCCGAGGCGUUCAAAUCAGGCAGAGUCGUCCCAACAAAAGACUUCUGCCAUGUUCGUGGAAUCUCUGAAUGCUUGUAGUUUAAACUGUCUUGACCCUGGAAGUAGAGUUGGCAGUUCGGUUUCCUUAAACAGUGAGUACACUUCAAGAAGUGUAGGGUUAAUUUCAAACGAUUCCAACUCUGAGUCGUCCCAACUGGGAUUUGCUGGAGGUGUGAUGGAAGGUUCGUACCAAAGACAUGGCGUUCUUAAACGGUUUUAUUCAACGCCAGAAAAGGACGACGAAAUACUGCAAUACCAAACGAAUGUGCGUCGAAAUUCCAAAUCUAUGGGUAAUAUGCAAAAGGAAGACUUACACAAUUUUGUGUCAUUUGACUUUGGGAGCGAUUCAACGGAGCAACAUAAUCAAUUUGACAGAGAACAGGGAAAUGUCGAAUUCUGUGAUGUUGAUCAAUCACUGGCAAGGCGGACGGCUGAUACCGAGGAGGAGGAGGAGGGUGCUAACAUGAACGCUAAAUCAGAGCGCCAUCUUGUGACGUCAGUAACAGGAGGUGCAUCCAUGCGUGAAGGCCGGAUACGGAAAUGGUUGACUGAAAUAACAGACCCGGAUGAAAACUCAAAUUCUUAGAUUAAGUGAUAUGGUUUUGUGAAGAUACAAAUGGCCUACAAAAUACAAUUAUAUUUAUUGAUAUAUUAUUAUCUUUCAUUGACAGGGGUACAUUCUGUCAGACCGGGUGAAAAGCAACUGAUUAUAUAUGCCAGCUGUAUCCUCGGAGUUUGUGUCUUGUGGACAGUAGCAUACUCAUUGACAUGUUUACAUAAAAUGGAAAAAAAGAUAAACCGAUAGAUAUGCCAAUAACAAAUGUGCGGGUUUAUAAAUGCAUUUUGUUCUUCCUUUUCACCUCUCAAAUAUAUAUAAAAUAAUUAUUAUCAUAUGGGGUCAUGCUUAAAGCUGCACUCUCAGAAAUUGACCGUUUUGACAAUUUUUUGAUUUGUUUAGGAAUGAGCCCAUUUUUGCGUUAAUGUCUGGGAACCAGAGAUACACAAGCCUCCUGACAAAAGAUCAGAUCGCAGUGUUUCAUGUUUACGUUCACAAAUUGAUGUUUUAUAGCUAAAAGCGUAAAUAACGCUUUAUGAAAAUUGAAGUUGCUCCAUUUUUCUAGACAACUGAGAUCUGUUCUAUUGUGAGUUAUCUUAUAUGACUGAAUUGAAGGCAUUGAUACCAAAUUAGGUUGAUUCUAAGACAAAAAUAAAAAAUGUCAAUCUGUGAGAGUGCAGCUUUAAUUAAUGCAGUGAAAGAGAACAAAGUCAGCUAAUUUAGCACAAUUUUCAAAUAAUGGCCCGAUACUCAUAAAGUAGCUGUUUGUGUUUUUUUUUCAAUUCUAUAAGUAGAUGGAUCACCUCUUUUCCUUAUAAACUCAUUAAAUUGAAUCCAAUUGUUUUUUGUUCUAUUUAGUUUAUAUAGAACAACUGACACCUAACUCAAGCCCUUUGGGAAGGUUGCUAGCAGCAAUAUGGAGAAAAUAACAUUAUAUUACAUCAUUCGAAUACCAGAAUGUUACCUAGGGAAAUCUCAAUGUAAGAAACGUUGUUUUAAUGACCUUUAUUUGUUUUAGUAGCCCUAAAUUUGUUACCAAUAUUUUCACGCUACUUUAGUGAGGUAAUUUCACAUGUCAACCAAAAUAAAUUUUGCGGCUCAAAGAAAUCCUCAUAAUUCAAAAAGGUUUAUUAUUUUAUAUAAUGCAAAAUCUUCAAGCAAAGGAGAUUUCAGACAAAAAAGAGAAAAAUAAACUGAUCUGACAAAAUAGAUCUACCAUUAAGAUUUCCUUCAUGUGCUUCAUUUUGACAAAUUCUGAUGCAUUGUAUCAGUCAUCACUUAUAUUUUACUAUGCAUUUAAAGUCUUGAAUAAAACCACAGUUUUGAUCAACAUGACUUUACUUGAGUUUCAAUAAGUCGGAGAAUGGUCAAAUUACAAUGAGCUAGCGAGUGUUUACCUUUGCCUAAACAUGCUUUAUUCAAAGAAUGAACUGCGUGAUUGAUGUCAUUAUCGGAAUAUUAACGCAACUGCGCUGGUUAAAGUGUGAGAUGUCUAAAGAACUCAACGCGUACUUUAAACCGGCCCAGCUGCGUGCAUAUACCCGAUAAUGAUAUCAAUCACGCAAUUCAUUACUUAUGUAUUCACCAAAAAGUAAUUGUUUCUUUCCAGUACUGUUAAAAAAUAUCUAAUUUCAUUAUAAAAAACCUUACAUUUUUUCUUUCUCACACAUCCUUUAAAUAGAACGACCCGAACGUUCCCGGAAACAGUUUACCGUAUGCUGUCAAAAUAACGUUGAAAAAAACAACAAAUCAUUACAAAACACUUAUUAAUGUUAAAAUAAGACGCUAAUAACAGCAGCACAUUUAACAAAUAAAAAAAAUAACACUUUUCAACAUGUUCAUUAAAGAUGGCCUGCUAACACAAACAAUAACAAGAUACCUAAACAAUUUUCAGUUUAAGUUAAACGCAAUGAUUCGCGGUCCGAACAUAUACGAAGAUGAUGACGUCAUCGGAAAAUACUCGCAAUUGCCGAAAGACCGUUCAUAUAAGGAAUGCAGGUUUGGGGUGUAAAUAUAACAUGUUGGGCCUAUUGAAAUUUGUUAAAGUUAAAAUCGUUGUUAACGGCAUCGUCAUCAACUUUUAAAGGUGAUUUAUUUUAUGAUGUGCUAAUAUAUUUGCAUUAAUAAAGAACAGCUGAAA